AUGGCUUGGGCUAUGGGUGGGGAGGCUCGAUAUGCUGAGCUACUCAGCAACACGUAUGGGCACCGUCGUCUUGGUCCCGCGGCCCCGUGUUCUACCUCGUCGCGCGCGCCCACCUCUCCCGCGAACGCGGCCCCUUCCUCACCGCGCGCGCAGCGUGUGCGCAAUGCGAACACGCGAGGACGUGCGACUGCAGGUGGAGCGGACCCGUGUUCUACCUCGACGCGCGCGCCCACCUCUCCCGCGAACGCGGCCCCUUCGCCACCCACCGGGAACGACAAGAAGAAGCGAAAGAAGAAGAAAAAGAAGAAGGUAUGCGAAUGCGGCCACAAUGCCAGCCUCCACGCUGCAGAGGAUGGAUCAAGUGCAAGAGCUCCUGCUAAGUCUGGUCGUGACUCCUUAAUGUACUCUAUUGUCGACACGUAUUCCAAUGGCUUCAAGCGACUCCAGAUGCCGGAGAAGACCAGUGAAGAGAAUGCAAGGAAGGAGGCUGUCGCAGGGCUAAGGGCUGUCCAGGAUGAUGAGGAUGACGGACGAGCAUUGGUGAAGGGACGGGGAGGCAAAACACGCUUCAAGCCUUCCAUCUCCAAGUCCAAGUCCAAGCCGGAGUUCAAGACUAAGAAGACCUCAGCCAUGAAGGGUGUCACUGUCGGUGGUGUUGUCAUGGUUCCGUACGGGUUGAAGUCCAAUGGGAAGCUUAAACGUGAUCGGACCCCUACUCCCAAUGACAUUGAGGGCGGCAAGCAUGGCGAGAAAGGUUAUAGGGAAUCUAGGUUGUUCACUGAGGGCGUAUUCCAGUUCUACAAGGAGUGGAGCAUGCAAGCAAUCGACAACUGGCUGCACGAUCUUUUCCCUGAGGUCUUUGCUUACAUGGAUGCCCGCUAUGGUUCCCCUGAGGAAGGCUGCUACCACUGGGCGCUUUUGACCAGGAACAGGCAGCGCCUGAUUGCCGUUUGUAAGUCGGAGGUGACUGGCACCGAUUUGCAUAAAGUCAGGGGUGUUGGGAGGAGUCCGGAGGAUAUGAAAUUGUACUUCACCACCAAGAAACCCCUCCCCAAACAGGUAUACGAGAACUGGGAACUGGCCACAGAGCAAGCCCGCCAGGGCCAUACUGAGCCAAUGUCACCCACUGAAGACCUAGGCGAUCCCACUACAGAUGAAGAGCUACUUGGUGUCUCGGAUGAUGGACAGACCGGUCUUGAUCCCACACCUCCCCCCCGACCCCAGCCUAGGCCAGCCUACAAGGGCAAGAGCAGGGUCAUCUCUGGACGAGGAGGCAAACUCUCUGUACUCACGCCCAGUGAGCCUUCAGGCUCUUCUGAUGAGGGAGAUGACGGAGGGGAGGAUCAUGGAAACGGCGAGGUGGCAGGUCCUGGUCAUCAGUCAGUACAGCGGUAUGGCAAGGGGAAGGAACUGGCUACGACUGAGAGGGUGAAACCUGCUGGCUAUAAACGGCUAACGCUGGAUGAUAGUGACUCUGACAUUGAGUGGGUCAAGGGGCCAGCCAAGAAGGCAAAGGACGUACUUGGGUCUCCGCAAGUGAAGACUUCUGUGGCCGACCCACUGAUGCCUGCUCCAGGUCUGUUUGACAACGGUUGGGGAGAUUUCUCGUUUGGCGGCUCCGGCUCAGGUCUCAGCUUUGAGGCGGGGCAGAGUCUGUCGGCUGUUCUAAAGGGACAGUAUGAUAUAAUCGGAUUCGAUCCGCGCGGUGUGAAGCAAUCUGAGCCUUACAUCUCUUGCUUCGAUAGCCUUUACGACCAAGAAAUGUUCUCCCGAGCCACGCGGAACUUCGGUCUCAACUUGCCAUCCAAUAUUAGCGCCUAUGUAGGAGAAGACCUGACAAGGCAAUUAGGACUAGUAUCAUCCAAUAUCUCUUCCUUGUCUGCACAGUGCUACCAGAGAACCGGAGACGUCCUCAAGUUUAUGGGAACCGAGGCUGUCGUACAUGAUAUUGAUACUAUGGUGAAGGCCUUUGAUGGAGAGAACGCCCUCAUAAACUACUGGGGAUGGUCUUACGGCACUAUCAUCGGACAGUACAUGGUACAAAUACUCCCUCCUGAGCGAUUGGGUCGCAUCAUCAUCGAUGGCGUCGUGGAUUCCCAGCUCUGGGCAAAUGAUCCUCUCUCUGAAACCCCGUCAACAACGACCGAAAUCGGCGAUGUCCUGCAGGGAUUUGCGGAUAGUUGUGCUGCGGCUGGAGCUGCAUGCCCACUGUCUAAACUGACGUCAAGUGGCAUCAUAGCGAAGAUUAAUGCCACUCUGGACUCUCUAUAUGCCUCACCUGUGUCCGUGGCUGAUGUCGGCUAUCCCGCAGUGGCAGACGCCAGCCUCCUGCGAGGUGUACUUCAGAACGGCAUGUACAGCAUUAUCGACUGGCCGGACCUCGCAUCCACUCUGGAUCAGGUGUUCACAGGGAAUUAUACUCCUUUGGUCCAAGCUAUCCUUCCACCCAUUGACGCUAACGACAAGACCAAGCCAGACCUCUCUGCGUACGCCAAUGCUGUGAUUGCUUGCAAUGACGCGCGUCAGCUGGACCCAUCUCCUUCAGUGCAGCAAGAAUCGGACAAGAUAAUUCAGGCUUUACAGCAGAACUCGCCCCAGAUUGGAGAGCUGGGAUACACUGCCCAUCUCUGUCAGUACUGGCCAAGCAUUUAUUACAGUCAGAGUCGUUACAACGGUUCUAUUGGUUUACCCGAUGGCAUAUUGAAGACGCCCAUCCUCAUCUUUACUCAAGGGAACGACCCCGUGACUCCUUCCACCAACGCCGAACGGGCAGCUCAGCGUCUCGGUAAUAAUGCUAGGUUGCUGGAGCAGCCUGGCGGCUUCGGACAUACGGCCAUGAGCCAGAUGUCCUUCUGCACUUUGCCAAUUGUCCAGUCGUACAUGCUAUAUGGCAAGGCGCCGGACAACGAUCGUACCGUCUGCCAGGUGAAUCAGUUGCCUUUCGUAUCUUGGAAUGCUAGUGCAGCAGAGAAUACCACGGAAGGAUUGGAUCUGGAGUCUAGACAAGCAUGGGUUGCCCUAAACGGGCAACUGUUCUGA